AGAUCGUUGCGUGUGGACGGGCCUUAAGAAUAUUCUAUGUUGUCAACCGAGGCGCGUAGAUUCUAUGUUCUAACUUCUUUGUUGUCAAUGAUCACGAAAUCAUUUUGUAAUAUCUUCGGUUUUUUAAAAAUAAAUACAGACGAUAGUCAUCUUUGGUAGUAUCGUGUGCGUGUUACUGACGUCUGUUUACAUAGAUUAUGCGAAGAGAUAAAACAUCUGGAAAAAGCGAAAGAUAAGAUAUUCAGCUAGACUACAGGUACAUAUACUCAAAUAGUUCACAAACAUGGGCCAGAAGCGAGAGAUCCCACCAGCUCUGCAAAAGCUCCUGGCCUUAGAUGUUCAUCUUACUAAUCAGUUUUGUAUCUGGGCUAAUCACUUUUUACCACUUAGAUCACUGAGAAUACAUUACAAAUUUCUUGAGGUAUCAUGCCACGGUGUACCAUGGAUAGCAGCAUGGCUAGCCUUUAUUUGGCUGUGGGAUCACCCAUCACUCUACCAAAUGCAGAUGAACUUUCUCAUUGGACUGCUGUUGGACAUAGUGUUGGUAGCUGUGUUAAAAGCUGUGACACGCCGAAGACGUCCUGUGGCCAAUAAAUCGGACAUGUUUGGAGUAGUUGGACCAGAUAAGUUUUCAUUUCCAUCUGGACAUGCAUCCCGAGCUACAAUGGUUGCGUGUUUCUUCCUGUGGGUGUGGCCUGUGCAUUUUCUUUUCCAGGGACCUAUUCUAGCAUGGGCAGGCAGUGUCUGCCUGUCAAGGUUGCUGUUGCAGCGACAUCACAUUUUGGAUGUAACAGCUGGUGUGCUGCUGGGUGUGUUUGAGACUUGGUUCAUUUACAAUAUUGUCUGGUUGUCACAGGAGUCUGCCACUUGGGCAGUCUCGUGGCUUUCAGAUGAGCGAACAGAUGGAGGCAGCUACCAUGUCUAGCCAGGUGCUACUAAUUUCUGUCCAUGAGCAUGGGUAUGUGAGUGUAAGUGAGAGCAGUCCUGAAUUUAGCAUCUAAACUAUUAGCUCAUUCUGUUAUUAGAAGAAGAGGUAAUAAGCAACACUGACUUCAGAAAUAAACAAAGGGUAUAAUUUGAAUAAUUGUAUGGAAAAUCAAUUUUUAUUACAUCAGGAGCAUUGCUAAGAUAUUCUUGUUUUAGAGAGCUUCAACUUUUCUUAUUUGAUCGCUUAAGUAAAGGUGGACAGUAUACUUUUAAAUAAUUUGUUCACGCUAAUUGUUUUAUAUGCAUUAUUUUAAUGGGGGUUUUCCGUGAGAGGUGGCUUGGUACAAAUACUUGAAUCCAUUAGGUUAAAUUACUCCAAAAACUGCAACCACUGCCAUAUAAUUGUUAAAUGGGAGCUGCUGCUCCUCAUAUAUUCUGUGUUGACAGCAAGAAAAUGGAGCAUCUGCUCAUUGUUUAUAAAAGUAGGAGCUACUGAGCAAGACAGUGAUAAAACAUAGUUGUUGUUUGAAGCAUGAGGUUCACAAUAACCAUGUUUUGUUUGUUAGAAGCAACUAAAAUUAGCAAAACUAUAAAAAAGUGGGGGGGGGGGUUGGUGCACUGCAUUUAUUAUUAAGGAAUAUAUAGUUCUCAGAGUUAAUGGUAAGGUGCUGUCCACUUUGUACCAAUUCAGUUUCUACAGCUAACAAGGAUUUCCUGGACAGAGUUGAUAUUUUACUAUGAAGUUGCUUUGUCAUAAAAGCAAAGUAUGUGUGUAUAAGUGUGGUGAAAAGAAUUCAUUCUUCCAAAAACUUGAAUAUAUAAUUUGAUAUUGUUUCAUAUAUUAAAUGAAUGGUCGUGCAUAUUUUGUCAAAUUACAAUUGGCAUGCCUUCUUGUAGAUAGAAAUAGCAUUUUUUUAAUUGUGUGAUGUAAAGAAGGUUUUGUCAAUUGAUGCAUGUAUAUAUAUUCAAUAUAAGACUGUAAAAAUCAUCUCAUUACAAAACUGACACUUGAAAACCAGGUUUGCAAUCAAGUACCAAAGUAUUUCAAUAGUUUAACUACACAGAACAACAGAAAUGAUAAUGUUACAUGCUUUUGUUAUGUACUGUAGUCACUAAAAUGAAAGAAUGUGGAACUUUUGCAACAAUGUAAAAAUGUUCAAAAGAAAGUGCUGUGAUGUUUCAGUGUAAUACGCUUAAACCAGUUCCUAAUAAAUAAUUACAGCUA